AUGAGUAAAAGAAAAAAUGCAUUCAGUUCAACAGAACCAUCAAAAAUUUCAAAAGCUGAAAUUACUCAUAUUAAAGAGUUGGUUAAUCAAGUAGAAAAUGAAGAGUUUGAAGAAUUAAACCCAACUACAUUAAAGAAAUUAGUAUUUUCAUUUGAAAAAAAACUAAUAAGAAAUGAACAACUUCGUUUAAAAUUUAAAAAUGAACCCGAAAAAUUUAUGGAAAGUGAAAUAGAAUUGGAUGAAGAAAUUAAAAAAUUUCAAAUUUUAGCAACUUCACCAGAUUUAUAUAAACUAUUUGUAUCAUUAAAAUCAAUCGAAUCAUUGGGGUCAUUAAUUUUACACGAAAAUACCGAUAUCAGUAUAGAUGUUAUAGAUUUAUUUAAUGAACUUAUUGAACAAGAAGAUAAUGAACAAGAUGAAGGUUUAACUUUACUACAUUCAUAUGUUGAUAAUGGUGUAGUUGUAACAUUGGUGGAUAAUUUAUCAAGAUUAGAUGUCACUGCAGAUGAUGAACAACAAGCUAUUCAUAAUACAUUUUCAAUAUUCGAAACAAUGUUAGAUUUAGAUCCAUUGCUUAUUGCACCCCUUUUAGGAAAUAAAUCAAAUUUUUUCAAAUUUAUUUUACAGUACUCUACCAAUCCAAAAACACCAACACCAAUUAAACUAUAUAGUAGUGAAUUACUAUCAACCAUUCUAUUAAACGAUGAAGUAUCAAGAUCAACAUUCACAAAGAAAUAUGAUGGUAUUGAACAAUUAUUAGUUAUCAUUUCUCAGUUUUUAAAAAGAGAUGUCGAAUCACUUCAAGAAAAAGAAUUUAUUGAAAACUUAUUCUCCUCCAUUUGUUCAUUAUUAUUAAAUAGUGAAUCAAAUAAAGAAUUAUUUUUAAAAUCAGAAGGAAUUCAAUUAAUGUUAUUAUUUAUAAAGAAAAAAACACAAUUUAGAGGAGCAGCACUAAAAAUACUAGAUUAUUCAUUAACAGAAUCAAAGAAAUCAAAUGAAAUAUUUGUAAAAGAAUUAGGUUUAAAAACAUUAUUUUCAAGCUUUAUGAAAAAAGUUAAAUCAAAACAUAAUAAAAAAGUUUAUAAUGAAAAAGAAGACGAAGAACAUAUAGUAACAAUGUUAUAUUCUUUAUUAAGAAAUUUAGAAAAAACAAGUGAAUACUAUGAACGUUUAUUAAUUAAAUUUACAGAAAAUAAUCUCGAAAAGGUUGAUAGAUUAUUAGAACUACACGACAAAUACUACAGAAGAGUAGAACUAUCAGAUAAACAAUUAAAACAAGAAGAAAAUGGCGAGGAUGAUGAAGAUGAUGAUGAUGAAAUUUUAUUAAAAAGACUAGACGCUGGUUUAUUCACUCUCCAAUAUGUCGAUUUGAUAUUACUAUUCCUUUCAAGCGAAGAUAAGAAUAUUAAAUUAAAAAUUCAAGAACCUCAAAUAAAAGAAAUAAAAUCAAUUAUAAAAGAAUAUAUUGAAACUAUAAAUAAAGAAUCGGAAACAAAGUUAAUUAAAUCUUUAAUUGAAUCAUUUUAA